AUGAGCGAUGCUAACUAUAGGGUUGCUUGGGAUGGUUUGGUGGCUCGUUUCUCAAACAACUACCUUCUCAAGAAACGACAUAUGAACGCGCUUUUUGAAUAUCCGAGGAUAAAAAAGGAAUCUGCUGUUGCGUUGCAUGAUCUCAUCGAUUGCUUUGAGCGGAACACAAAAAUUUUGGAUCAACUUGGAGAGAAGACCAACGGUUGGGGUGCGAUGUUAGUGCAUUUGAUGGUUUCGAAACUCGACGAAAUUACGCAAAAGCGGUGGGAGGAAAACGUCGCACCAGAAAAGGAGCCUACAUUUACAUCGCUGGUGCAGUUUCUCAAAAAGCAGACUCGAGUUUUGGAUGCAGUUUCUGUUGAUCAGCAUAUAUUCGUUCCGACUACGUCUUCGCCACAUAAUAGUUUCAAGCCUCGAAUGGCCAAGGUUUCGGUCAACUCGGCGACUGAAAAUUUCUCCUCGAACUGUUUUGCCUGCCAAGACAAACAUUGGAUCUCUCGGUGUCCAGCCUUUGCGAAACUUCCUGUUGAUAAAGGCUGCAACUCACCAACUCCAAGCGGUUAUGUAGUAAUUGUCUGGGACGAAAUCAUUUGGCUCGAGAUUGCCCGUCAAACAGCGAAUGUUGACGUACAGUUACCUGGUACAUCUUCAUCUGGUGGUGGUUCAAACCCUUCUACUACUGUGGGUCCUUCGACGGCAACAAUAUCAUCGAAUUUGGCGGUAGGAAAUACUAGGUCGCACGUGUUCCUGCAGACGGUGUUGUUGAAGGUGAAAGAUGCAUUGGGAAGGACGCACAUCGCACGAGCUCUCCUAGAUUCUGGCUCGCAGGCUAAUCUGAUGUCAAGGAGACUAUUUCAACUUCUCCGGCUUUCUCGACUGGAUAGGAAGGUGGUAAUAACGGGAAUCGGAGGAUCGCGCAGCCAAUCGGCAUUUGAAGUCUCCACCACAAUAUCUUCACGCGUCCAGAAGUAUUCGAUUGCAAUGGAAUUUCUGGUUUUGGAUAAAGUUACCGACGAUCAACCUUCACGGUCUAUUCCGUUGAUGCACUGGAAUCCUCCUUCCGAUAUAGCUCUAGCGGAUCCGGAAUUUUUUGUCUCGGCUCCGAUCGAUUUAGUGCUGGGUGCUCAAUACUUCUACGACUUUCUAGUACGUGAUGGUGGCCGGUUGCAGGUUCGAAAGUUUGGAAAUGCUCUUCCUGUGUUCGUGCAAACAAUAUUCGGAUGGGUUGCGACAGGUGAAUCCAAAUGCAUGGAUGAAAUAAGCAAUGUCAGUUGUCACGUAGCUAGAAUAGAACCGUUCGAGAAAACUAUUGAAAAGUUUUGGGCUUUGGAGGAACUUUCGAACAAAACACCAUAUUCGCAAGAGGAAGAAGACUGUGAGGCGCACUUUACUAGUACGCAUACACGAGACGGUACGGGAAGAUAUACGGUUCGUUACCCUAAACGCAUGGAUUUCUACGACAUGAUUGGAGAGUCUAAACAAGGUGCGAUACGACGGUUUUCCCAAAUCGAGAAACGCUUGGAGCAAGAUUCUGGUUUGCGCAAGCAGUAUUCAGACUUCAUGCAAGAAUAUUUGAGUUUGGGCCACAUGAAGUGUAUAGGCGAGGCUAGCGACCCGCAAUUGGAUGAAGGAAAAACGGUCUGUUAUCUCCCGCACCACCCGGUGUUUAAGGACUCAAGUUCGACUACCAAGGUGCGCGUAGUCUUUGAUGGGUCUGCUAAAACGUCUACUAAUUACUCGCUGAAUGAUGCUCUGCUUGCUGGUCCAAAUAUACAAGACGAUCUCCUCGACUUGAUGCUCCGUUUCAGAAAACAUGCUGUCGCAUUAGUCGCUGAUGUCACUAAAAUGUACCGACAGAUCAGGGUUCAUGAAGACGACACACCUCUUCAGAGAAUUGUAUGGAGAUUUAGCACUGUAGAACCCCUUCAAGUGUACGAGCUCCAAACAAUCACCUAUGGUUUAACUCCAUCUUCUUUCCUUGCCACUCGAGUUUUGAAGCAACUGGCUUUGGACUCGAAGAACAAAUGGGAUCUUGCUACUUCAGCGGUGCAGGAAGAUUUCUACAUGGACGACUUUUUAUCCGGAGCUGAUUCUGUACCCGAAGCUAUCGAACUUCAAGAAGAAGUGCAAACACUGAUGUCGCAAGGAGGUCUCGAGUUGCGGAAAUGGUGCUCCAACAAGGUGGAAGUUCUGCGAGUAGGUUGGGAGACCGGACCAGACCAGUUUUGCAUCGAGGUUCAACCACCCACACACGAGGGCUAUUUAACGAAACGCAAAAUUUUCUCGACGAUUGCGAAGCUGUACGACCCGCUUGGUUUGGUGUCACCAGUCGUGGCAUGGGCAAAAAUUCGUAUGCAGCAGCUUUGGAUUGCGAAUUCUGGAUGGGACGAUCAAGUACCGAAUGACGUUAUGGUGAAAUGGGAGGAAUUUUCUUCACAAUUACAAUGCCUGGAAGAAUACAAGGUUCCGAGAUACCUUUUCUUGCUGGGAUCAUCAUCGAUUGAAUUUCACGUGUUCACGGAUGCAUCAGAAGCAGGAUAUGGUGCAUGUAUCUACGCACGCUCGGAAGACCAGGAAGGAAAUACAAAGAUUCAACUAAUUGCGGCCAAAUCCAGAGUUGCACCACUAAAACGCAUUAGUUUACCGCGACUCGAACUUUGUGCUGCUUUACUUGGGGCUAGGUUGUACGCUCGAGUAUCGAAAGCUUUGCGCAUGGAAGGUACUCGAUGCUGGUUUUGGACAGACUCGACUGUAACUCUGCACUGGAUUCAAGCAACACCAAAUUCAUGGCAAAAUUUCAUCGGCAACCGUACGGCAGAAAUCCAGCAACUAACGCAUGGCCAUUCAUGGAACCACGUGAGCGGAAACGAAAAUCCAGCGGACCACGUUUCGCGGGGAAUGCUUCCCAAGGAAUUGAUCGGAAACACUAUUUGGGGGAGUGGACCAUCAUGGCUAUCACGAGGAAAAAACGACUGGCCUAAGAAGUCAAACGUAGUUCCAUCCGAAGAUCUUCUGGAGCGACGAAAAUCGGUUUUUGUGGCACAAACAGGAUCGGACCAUAAUUUUCUGUUCUACCGAUACUCUUCCUUCCAAAGACUGGUUAGAAUAACAGCUCUACUUCUUCGCUUCAAAAACCAAUGUCAACGAAAAUUCGCUCCUAGUCCUAAUACAUUCGUAUCAGUCCAUGAAUUGGAACAGGCCAAGGAAGUCCUUUCAAGGGUUGCACAACAGGAGGUUUUUACGGAAGAGCUCAAGGAUUUGGCUAAAAAUCGACCGGUUUCUAAACGAUCACCACUACGCCUGCUUCAUCCAUUCCUAGACGAGAAUAGCCUGAUUCGUCUGCGUGGGCGUCUGGAUCACUCUUCUGAAAAAUACCAAACAAAGCACCCUAUCAUCCUUCCAAAGCAUCACCCUCUCACAUACCUAAUCACCGAAUACUACCACAAACUCUGUAUGCACUCUGGGCCUCGCAUGACACUUGCCUCUAUGCACCAAGAAUUUUGGCCUGUAAACGGCAAACUAGUCGCCACCUCUGUGUUCCGUAAGUGUUUGCAAUGCUUUCGUCAAAACCCUACCCCUAUCGUUCAACCCGUUGGCCAAUUACCGAAGCAACGCACCGCACCAAAUAGAGCUUUCGCUGUGACCGGAGUGGAUUUUGUGGCCCUGUCUACUUGA